AUGAUUCAGAAUGUGAGUAUCAUCAACUGCUUGGGAAUUUCUACUCCAGCCAUCAGGCCUCUCUCCGGAUCCUCAGUAAUGAUUGAGAGUGUCACAGAACAUGGACAGAGGAGCCCCUGUGGCACCUCUUCCAAGGGGAGGCAGUUCGGUCAGCGUAUCAGAGAUAUUAGCUUGAACAUCACUGGCAGGGGUGGGAUGAAGGCCAUGGUUGGGGGGGAGCAGGGAGUUGGGGAAGACAUCACAACGCGGGGCUGGGGCUGGGGGAGGGGGUUUUCUGGAUUCUUGGGUGCGAGAAUUGAGGCAUUUGCGCAGCGCACACCGAUACCAAUAAAGAAGUGCGGCAAUUUUGCUAUUGGCUGGGGAAAGGAAAUGAGGCAGUCUGCCUUGGUGGGUCAAACGGCGAUGCAACCCUCCAUCACUCAGGGCUCAGCAAGCUCUCCGGCUCCAGGAGGCUCGCCCGCUGGUUUUCCCUGUGCGCCUCGAUCGAUCGUUCGCCUGUUGCUUUUCCGCACAGAUCUCCACGGACAAAGGCACCCCAAGACAACAGACAGCCCAGACUUCAGAUCAAGCGAAGUAACACCACCGCGAGGGGCGGCGUGGGUGGUCCAGAAACCAAUGAAGCAGCAGCCCGCGAGCCCAUCAGACAUCCGUUCGGCGAUUCCGCGGGCGCAGGACGAAAAAGGGGCGAGGGCCGGCGGCGUGAGAGGGCGCAAAAGCGGCGAGCGGGCGCGCCAUCCCCGAAGCGGCAACGGUGCUGCCUCAACGGGCCUAGCGCAGGAAGCGGGCCAAUGA